UUGACAGGUAUACAUGUUCAAAUACGACUCCACACACGGUCGCUACAAAGGAGAGAUCAAAGCAGAGGAAGGUGUGUUAAUUGUAGGUGGACAUAAAAUUCAAGUUUUCCAAGAGAUGAAACCCAAUGCUAUUCCGUGGGGAAAAGCUGGUGCUGAUUAUGUUGUGGAAUCAACUGGUGUUUUUACAACAAUUGAAAAGGCAAAGCCUCACAUUGAAGGUGGAGCUAAGAAAGUUAUUAUCUCUGCUCCCUCAGCUGAUGCCCCUAUGUUUACUACAGUACAUGCUGUCACAGCAACCCAGAAGACUGUUGAUGGUCCAAGUUCUAAGGCAUGGCGAGAUGGUCGUGGAGCCGCCCAGAACAUCAUUCCUGCUUCAACAGGUGCUGCUAAAGCUGUUGGCAAGGUCAUUCCAGAUUUGAAUGGCAAACUGACUGGUAUGGCUUUCCGUGUUCCUGUGGCUGACGUUUCUGUUGUAGACCUUACAUGUCGAUUACAGAAAGAAGCUUCAUAUGAUGACAUUAAAAAUGCUGUCAAGGCUGCCUCUGAAAGUGAUAAUUGGAAAGGAAUCUUGGGAUACACAGAAGACGCUGUGGUUUCAUCAGACUUUAUUGGAGAUUCUCACAGCAGCAUCUUUGAUGCAGGUGCUGGUAUUUCUCUAAACAAGAACUUUGUGAAACUGGUGUCAUGGUAUGACAAUGAGUAUGGUUACAGCUGCAGAGUGGCAGAUCUGAUUAAAUAUGUACACAGCAAGGCAUAAGAAGAUCAAGAUGGUCCCUUACCAGGGAACACGGGAUCCUGAUAAAUAGAGAAGAAAAAAAGUCAUUCUCUCCACUUGUUGCUGUUUUACUGAUUCUUCCUGGUUGUCUUAUUAGAUUAAUAUAAAAUCCCUGGUGUCAUUUGUUUCAUUAUCACUAUUAUUCUUAGGAUUUUUUUUUUGUCGAAGUUGACACUUAAUUGUCCAUUUUGUUCCUGAUUUUUCCCUCAGGUUUUUCAUCUGUUCUAGUUGUACAACAAAAAGCAAAUUGAUGUUCCAUUUUCUGAUUAAGCCUUGCACAGUCAUGUAAUUGUCAUUUUGCUUGUUGUAAUUGCUUUGGAAGGUUAAAAUUGUGCUAUAUGGAUGUACCUUUUAAUGUUGAAUAAUGAUUAAAAUAAUGAUCCUCUUAUGUUUGAUAA